AUGGUCAAGUUAAUUCUUGAGAAAGGUGUGGAUAUCGCAGUCCCAGAUAAAAUCGGACAGGCAGCGCUACACUACGCCGCAGAAAACGGACAUUCUGAGGUUGCCAGAUUGCUUCUCGAAAAAGGUGCUGAUCUCACAAUUCCCUCAAAAAGUGGAAUCACACCACUACAUUUUGCAUCAUAUGGAGGUCAUACCCAGGUUACCCGACUUCUUCUUGAGAGAGGUGCGGACCACCUCGCAGCUAAAGACAUAGUUGGAAUUACUCCAUUGCACUAUGCUUCAGUGAAUGGAAAUGCCGAGGUGAUGAAGCUGCUUCUUGAGGAAGGCAUGGAGAGAGAAUUGGCCACGAAACAUCUGGACAUGUUGUCUUUAUCAAUGCCAUAUGGUGGUCAUGAUGGCCCUCCUCGAUACUCAAGCAACAACGCUGAGUUUCGAGAUAGAUACAGCCGAACACCACUUUUCUAUGCUGCUGGACAAGGCCAUAUUGAAGCGGUGGAUAUGCUAAUUGCUUUGUCAAAAAUUGAUGCCAACCACAAAGAUGGCUUGGGUCGAACUUUGUCCUGGUGGGCAGCAAAAAGCGAAAUUCAUCGCAUCAUCAAAAUGGUCCAUCAAUGGGCUAAAGAGCCUUACGAUGAUGUUGUGGAAGCUAUACCUACCAAGGAACGUCCUAAAGCCGAGUCCGACAAAUUUAGACCUUGUGAUGCGUGCAUGCGAAACAUUAUCUCCAACAGUGCCACCUACACGUGCGACCUUUGUCGUUAUCUUGAUAUCUGUCAGGAAUGCUUCAAUUUGGGCAUUCGAUGCUUAGAUUCCUCUCAUGAACUGACUUUCAAUCAGCCCCAUGAUUGA